AUGGCAGUGCCCACCAAUCGCAGAGCAAUCUUGCUCGCGGCUUUCAUUGCUUUCGGUAGGUCCAUUCGCUUCAUCUUUGGAUAUGACAUGGGCGUCAUCUCCGGUUGCCUCAUCAUGCCAGACUUCAUCGACCGGUUCGGCCAGGUGGAUGCUAACGGCACGGCGUACUUGUCCAGCUCACGGCAAUCCCUCAUUACGUCCCUUCUUUCAGUCGGUACCAUUGUCGGCUCGAUCGCACAAGCAUUCACUUCCGACCGGUUUGGCCGGCGAGGGUCAAUCUUGAUCUGGUCUGCAGUGUUCACUAUCGGCACCGCGAUACAAACCGCGACCAAUCGUGCACUUGCGCAGAUUAUAUUCGGGCGCUUUGUAUCCGGACUUGGGGUGGGAGCACUGUCGGCUAUUGUCCCGCUUUACAAUGGGGAGACUGCGCCUAAGGCAUUCCGAGGGGCACUCAUCGUCGUAUAUCAGGUGCAGAUCUUCAGUGGAAUCUUUAUCGCCGACGUUAUUGAGCUCGGGACGCACAACGUCCCCGGUUCGGCGUCAUGGAGGAUCCCGAUCGGCCUGCAGAUCGCGUGGGGUUUGAUCCUCCUUUCGGGCAUAUUCUUCCUGCCUGAGUCUCCCCGUCAUUUAUUGGGGACAGGAAGGGAAACAGAAGCAGUGGCCGUGGUGGCGGAACUGAAUAGCGUUCCGGAAGAUGAACCGAUUGCCCAGGAGAUCAUCGACGAGCUCGAAGUCGCUAUAAAGGCCGAGAAUGAAGGCGGGAAAGCUACAUGGACGGAAUGUUUCUCGACGAGGAAUCUGCUUUGGAAACGGACCAUCAACGGUAUGAUGCUGCAAUUCAUCCAACAAUUGAACGGGCAGAAUUUCUACUUCUACUAUGGCGACACCUUCUUUAAGAGUGCCGGGACACAGCUAUCGCCGUACGUCAUCCAGACAAUACUCGGUGGUGUCUCCGUGGCCGGCACACUCCCAGCUCUGUAUUUAAUCGAUGCGUAUGGUCGUCGACGAUCACUCCUUCUUGGCGCGCUCCUUGAGGCUACAUGUGCUAUAAUCGCCGGUCUCGUCGGACACUUCCUGCUCGCGCCUUCAGGAACACCUGCAGAUCAACUUACAACGCGCAACCGACGAGGCGGCGAUAUUCUGAUCGCAUUCGCAGUAUUGCAUGUCUUCACGUAUGGACUAUUCUGGGGCCCAACUCCUUGGGUGUAUCUUGCAGAGAGUUUUCCGCUCAGAGUGAGACCGAAAUGUAUUGCGCUCGGUAGCGCAGCCAACUGGGUGUGGAACUUCCUUCUGAGUUUCUUCUCGCCACGAAUCGCAGCACGCAUCGGACCACUAAUCCUGCUCAUAUUCUUCGGCAUGUUGCUUUUCGGCUUCGUCUACGUGUACCUCUUCAUUCCGGAAACUGUCGGAUUGAGUCUGGAGGAGGUCGACGAGUUAUACCGUUCUGGUGUGAAGCCCUGGAAUUCUCUCGGGUGGCGUCCUGCGGAGAAGCAUUUCAAUGACAAAGUUUCAGAAGAGGUAGUAGAUGUGCAACAGAAGUUUCACUCGGAGCAGAAAUGACCAUGAAUGCAUGGCUGGUGCGUUGUUCUAGACAUGACUGACCAAGUUGUUGUAAUUUGCCUGAUAAAUUAGACACCCGUC